AUGGCAGAUCUUCCGGUGGAUCGGCUCACCCCAGGACCCCCCUUUUCGUCUGUGGGACUUGAUGUAUUUGGCCCAUGGCCAGUACUUACCAGGAAGACACGUGGUGGGUCUGCUCAGAGCAAGAGAUGGGCUGUCCUAUUUACUUGUUUAACUACACGUGCAGUCCACAUUGAAGUGAUAGAGGACAUGUCCAGCUCAUGUUUCAUUAAUGCCCUACGACGCUUUGUAGCAUUGCGUGGACCAGUGAAGCUCAUCCGAUCAGAUAAGGGCACUAAUUUCAUUGGAGCUGUGAAUGACCUUCAUGUGAAUGCAAUUAACGUUGAAGAUAAUGAAGUUCAGACCUACCUUAAGAACAACAGAGCAACAUGGUUGUUUAAUGCCCCCCAUGCAUCACAUAUGGGAGGUGUUUGGGAGCGGGCUAUAGGAAGUGCUCGGAGGAUCCUAGACUCGAUGUUACUGCAAGAAGUACCUAAAGAACUUACACACGAGGUGUUGGUUACACUUAUGGCCGAGGUAUGCACCAUCCUCAAUUCUCGUCCAAUAACAGCACUUGAUGCGGACCCAUCAUCUCCUAUGGUAUUGAGCCCAAACAUUUUACUGACCCAGAAGCAGGGGGAAAUUGGAACAUUUUCAGACCAUUUGAGCAUCAAGGAUAUGUACUCUGCAAGUUGGAAGCAUGUACAGGUGUUAUCCGACAUGUUUUGGAAAAAGUGGCGCACCACCUACUUGGACAGUUUACAGAAGAGACAUAAAUGGUGUACAAGUAAGCAGAAUCUGAAGACAGGGGAUGUUGUCCUGUUACGUGAGAAAAAUGUUCAUAGGAAUCUGAGGCCAAUGGGGAUAGUGGAGCGCCCAAUUGAGAGCAAUGACAAAAUGGUUCGUAAAUCUGUCAUUCGUGUCGCCAAGGAUGGAAAGGUGACAACUUAUACUCGACCCAUUUUGGAGAUGAUUCUUCUGUUAGACCAAUGA